UUCAGGUCCCGGGAGCGGGCGAUCUUGGUCCAGGUAUCUGGUUUCCAGAAUAUGAUGUGAAUUCUGGGUAACGGUGCGGUUGCCAGGAUAUUUCUCGGCACCCCCGAGAGGUUAUAGUCCUUACUUCUCCCAGCUUCCAGUUCUGGGACUGCCAGUGUCCAAUUCUCGAGCACGCCUUCGCUUGCUCUCUCUCAAUAAUAAGAACGACUACGAUAUCCCGAGACCAAUCCUUGGCCGUGCCCACGAAACCUGCACCAAUCCCAGAAUGCUUCGAAGCACGAGACCACUCCUAGGGGUCCCAGCAAGGGGCCUCCCCAGGGCGACAGCCUCAAUUGCACCAUUCUCGACCUCCCAGACACGAAAACACACCUCCGGGACACCGCGCCGAGCCCAGCCCCCCGCGGCGAGGCGGCCGGGACAGCUUGGCCCAUUGGUGCAGCGGGCGGGUUACGCCAAUGACAACACACGGGACACGAAGCUCGAGAAGGAGGUGGCUCGGAAGAAGCUCGAGUCCCACCCGGAACAGGUCACCGAGGACUCGAGCACCCGAGCAUCCUACGAGGGGCCACAGACCAGGCCCAGCGACCCCAACACCACCGAGGGCGUGAAGAAGGACCUGAACCGGCUGGUCGACACGUUCAAACUCGAAGAAGUGCCUUCGAUCUCGCUCAAGCUGGGCCUCGCCGGCACACUGCCUUACCUCGGAACAUCUCUGGGCACAACCUACCUCGCCUGGGUCCUGAACACGGAGUGGCCGUCCCAGUCCCAGUUCCUAAACCACUUCCUGAUGAGCCACGAGAGCGCGAGCCACUACCUGCACCUGCUCGAGCCAGUCCAGGUGGGCUACGGGGCAGUCAUCAUCUCCUUCCUGGGCGCCAUCCACUGGGGCCUCGAGUACGCAGAGAAGCACCCCGACAAGGCCCGCACGACCUUCCGCUACGGCCUGGGCGUGCUGGCGCCCGUCCUCGCCUGGCCGACCAUGGUCAUGCCGGUGCAGUACGCCCUGACCUCCCAGUUCGCCGCCUUCACCUUCAUGUACUUUGCCGACGCGCGCGCCACGACGCGCGGGUGGGCGCCCACCUGGUACAACACGUACCGCUUCGUGCUGACCGCCAUCGUCGGCGCGUCGCUCUUCAUCAGCCUCGUCGGCAGGGAGAAGGUCGGCGCCGAGGCGCCGCGGCUGUCGGGCCUGCGCGAGAGGUUCCACAAGGAGGGGCCCGACCACCUCGAGAUGAAGAGGCUCGAGGAGAUGGAGGCCGUCGAGCUCGAGAAGAACAGGCGGAAGAAGGCGGCCGAGGACAGGAGGGCGGCUGCCGAGGAGGAGAUCCGGAGGCUUGAGGAGGAGAAGGAGAGUGCUGAUGCUGAUGCGAAGGAGGCUGCGGAGGGGAAGCCCGUCAAGAAGGGUAAGGGGGGUAAGCCUGCGAAGGGCAAGGGUGAGGGUAAGGAUGCUAAGGAGUCCAAGGGGGAGGAGAAGUCUGAAGGGGGUGACGAGGAUGAGGGCAAGGACGAGAGCAAGAAUGAUGAGGGCAGCGAUGGUGAGGAGGAGGGUAGCAAGGAGGGGGGAGGUGAAGACAAGAAGGGAGAAAAGAAGGAAGGCAAGAAGGACGACAAGAAGGAUGACAAGUCCGAGUAAUCUUUGGAGCGAAGGCUUUUUUGCGAGGCGUUCUGGUCCGGGUCACAUAUUAGCAUUUCCUUCGGCUCGAUCAACUGUCAUCCUGUCUAGAGCGAGACUAGUCUAGAUAAUUUAACAUAAUAGUCUGUUAAAAUGA